AUGUCGAACAGGAAGAGGAUCAUUUUUAGAGCACAUCUCUGCAGCAAAUUUGCACACUAUGGGUGGGCUCCGUAUCUCUUCAAAUCCGGAGAAAAUGAUAGAAGCUUUGUGGAGUGCAUUGGUGACUUCAUUAUACCUGUUGGCAACCCUAUAAGAUAUUUUCUACAGAACUAUCAACAUAUCCUAGCCUUGGUUUUUGCUAUAAAGGAGAUAAAUGAAAACAAUAACAUAUUAUCCAACAUCAGUCUGGGUCUUCAAAUCUUUAAUAGUUAUUUCAUGGCGACAUGGACUAACCUGGCUUCUAUGGAGCUUGUUUCAACACAGGGCAGAUUCAUGCCCAACUACAAGUGUGAUGUCAAGGAUUGGGUGGUUUGUGUCAUUGCAGGACCUAACUCUUCCAUCUUUCCUUUCAUGGCAAACAUUUUGAAUGUCUACAAGAUGCCUCAGAAAGGAAUCUGUUUCGACUUCAUGGAAGAGACAGCUCAGCCAACAUUUAUCAAUUAUGUUCAAAGUAUACUUAAUGAUUUCCGUAAACUAUAUAUUAUUACCAUGAAAAGCACUGCAAAUGUGAUAAUUCUAUACUGUGAAAACCAUUAUACUAUCACUAUUUUACUUUUGCCCUAUUUUGAAGAAACGGUAGAGAAACCAGUCAAGAGAAAAGAUAAAGUUUGGAUAAUGCCAGCUCAAAUGGAAUUUACAUCAUUUUCCCUUCUCAAAAUGUUGACUAUGGAUUCUUUCCACGGUGCUAUAACUUUUGAAGUCUCUUCCAAGGAGAUCCCUGGAUUCAAUAAAUUUCUUCAGAUGACAAAGCCAACUUCAGGAGAGGAAGACCAAUUAAUGAGAGUGUUUUGGAAACAGGUUUUUGAUUGCACCUUUGCUCAUGCAUUGGUAGAUGAUGGUAAGCUGUGCACUGGAGAAGAGAAGUUUGAGAAUGUACCUAAGUCUGUGUUUGAUACCACCAUGACUGGGCAGAGUUACAGCAUCUAUAAUGCAGUUUAUGCUGUGGCACAUGCUUUACAAGUCAUGCUUUCCCCCACAUUUAAACAGAGGACACUAAAAGCUGGGAGAGAAACAUUUUUGACUCAAAACGCCUGGCAGCUCCAUCACUAUUUGAGAACCAUCUCUUUUAAUAACACUGCAGGACAAAAAGUCUCUUUUAAUGAAAAUGGAGACUUGAACACUGGAUUUGACAUUAUCAACUGGGUCACCUUCCCAAACAAGAGCUUUGUCAAAGUCAAAGUUGGAAAGAUCGACCAAACACCUUCUUCAGAUAAUCUAUUUGUCAUUUCUACAGAAGACAUCAUCUGGCCUGCCAUGUUUAACCAGGUCCAACCGCUUUCUGUAUGCAAUGACAAUUGCUAUCCAGGAUACAGGAAGAUGAAAAUAGAAGGGAAGCCAUUUUGCUGUUAUGAUUGCCUUCCAUGUGCAAAAGGGGAAAUUUCAAACCAGAUGGAUGCAGUUGAUUGCUUCCAGUGUUUAGAAGAUCGAUAUCCAAACAAGGCUCAGACCCUUUGCAUUCUAAAAAAAAUUACUUUCUUAUCUUACAAUGAGCCACUGGGAGUCUCUUUGUCCAUUGUUAGUCUAUUCUUUUCUGUCGUCACCAUUAUGAUGCUGGGAACCUUCAUUAAAAAGCAGGACACCCCCAUUGUCAAAGCCAACAACAGGAACCUCACUUAUACCCUUCUCGUUGCCCUUCUGUUCUCCUUCCUCUGCACUUUCCUUUUCCUUGGGCAACCUGAUCAAGUGAAAUGUCUCAUGCGUCAAACUGCUUUUGGUAUUAUUUUCUCUGUAGACCUUUCUUGUAUUUUGGGUAAAACAACCAUAGUGGUUCUUGCUUUCAUGGCCACAAAGCCAGGCUCCAAAAUACAAAAAUGGGUGGGGAAAAGGAUGGCUCUUUCCAUUGUCCUUUCUUGCUCUUUGACUCAACUCACGAUCUGUUUAGCAUGGCUGGCAAUCUCUCCCCCAUUCCCAGAUUCUGACAUGCACUCUAUGGCUGAGGAAAUUGUCUUACAAUGUAAUGAAGGUUCAACCACCAUGUUUUAUACCGUUCUUAGUUUUCUGGGAUUCUUGACUGCUAUUAGCUUCUCAGUUGCCUACCUAGCUAGGAGCUUACCUGACAGCUUUAAUGAAGCCAAAUUUAUCACCUUUAGCAUGUUGGUCUUUUGUAGUGUGUGGAUAUCAUUUGUUCCCACCUACUUGAGCACAAAGGGCAAAUAUAUGGUGGCUAUGGAGAUCUUUUCCAUUUUGGCUUCUGCAGCCGGAUUACUGGGCUGCAUAUUUUUCCCCAAAUGCUACAUCAUUAUUUUGAGACCUGAUUUGAAUACAAAGGAGCAAUUAACAAAGAAAAAUUUGUGA